UAUCAAUAUGUUUCUGCCGAAAACCAUACAUUUCCUCACACAUGUUUCGUGGUGCCGAGAGUUCCUAUCUUGAUAGACAUGGAUUGUCGCAAUGGAACCUCCAAUGUGGAUAUCUGCAGAAGCGAUCUUGAUACGGGCACCAUGUCCUAGCCAAGUUAUCUUUGGUAUUAAACGGAUCGCUGGUAGAUGAGGAUGAACAAGAGUUUUAGUAUUUAGUUUGUGUUCUUCACACUCGAAUACACACGACCAUGUCAGUACUCAAGGCGAGGCUUAAGACAAGGCUUGCCCCUCACCUCCAUCUGAGAGUUCCUUUCAAGAGCGGAAAGUAUGGCUCACGCUGGUCGAACCAAGACAUGGAUCCAAUUCCUCCGGAACAGCGCACCUGGGGCGCUCUGGAUUACUGGGCAUACUGGUGUGCGGAUAUGCUGGCUCCUCCUCUGAUUUCGACUGUCAGUAGUGUCAUGGCUCUUGGAUUUACGGCUAGAGAAACGAUCCCGAUUUUCUUUUUCGGUUUUGCCAUCUGUAGCGUAGUCAUCACCCUCACUGCUAAGAUGGGUGCUACGUACGCUGUUUCCUUCCCAGUCAUUGUUCGCAGUGUUUUUGGAAUGUAUGGCUCCAUCCCAGCCAUUGCUAUUCGAUCUUUCGUUGUCAUGAUCUGGACUGCUAUCCUCAUUGUCCAAGCUAGCAAUUACCUCCAGCGCUGCAUCGAAGCCAUAUGGCCAAGUUUCAUCACUUUUCUGAAUCACCUGCCCGAGAGUGCUGGAAUUGAUUCUGCUGGGUUGCUUUGCCUGUUCUUGUACUGGUUCCUACAAACUGGGCUGGCGCUCAUGAAAAUUUCCAAGUUGCGUGUUCUGUUUUGGAUCAAGAGUAUCAUAGUCCCUCCGACGUUUUUGGCCUUGUUUAUCUGGGCUGUUACAAUCACAAAAGGCGGCGGGCCGCUCAUCAAGGGAGAAAUGAAAUUGGCUUCAAGGUAUAUGAAUACCGCCUACUCAGUGCUGCAAGGGCUCAAUGCUGUCAUUGGACUCUUCUCUUCGUUGGCAACCAACAUGCCCGAUUUUGGCAGGUUCUCCAAAAACCGAAUGGCUGACAACUAUCAGCUCUUUGCUCUUCCCAUAAUUGGAACUCUUGGGGCAUUGACACCGAUGUUCGUCACCGACGCCCAUUCAUAUCUCUGGGGCGAGUUUGAGUGGUACAUGCCAAAUGUUAUUGCCAAGUUCGACUCCCGAGCAGCAAAGUUUUUCGUAUCUGCCAACUUCCUCCUUGCGACCAUCAGCAACCAGAUUGCAGCGGGUACCUAUCCAUCCUCAAACGAUGUAUCGGGUAUGAUGCCCAAAUAUGUCAACAAUUUCAGGGCUACCGUCUUUCUUUCAGUCUUUGCCACUGCCUAUACACCUUGGAAUAUCGUUAGGAAUGCGUCAGGAUUACUUGCCUUCCUGAGCGGCUACUCCUGCCUCAUGGGACCUCUUGCAGGCACAAUGAUCAGUGAUUACUACCUUGUCAAGAAGAGUAAGCUCGACGUCGAUCAGCUGUACACCUGCGCUCGCUUCUCGACACUGCAAAGCCGCUGCAGCUUGCCCUGUGUCAAUGGUAUGCAGACAUGCCGUCAACCCUCAAAAUGCAAGACAUUUCUGCAAGAAAACUUUCUAGCGUAGGCUACUUCAUCUCGGCUACUAUGCCGUCGAAAUGUCGUUACAUCGGCGCAUCAUCCGCUCUUUGUCGUCGGCAGAUGAUGCAGAGCUGUACUUCAUCUGCCGGCAAGCAGCACAAACACGACUCACUUCUGCCACGCGAUUUGUUCAGUCCCUGCGACCCGAGCACCACCAAUCAUUCUGGUACUCUGGCUCAAAGUACAACUUUGUCCUCAUCGGCUCAUUCAUA